CGUUCAUGAACUGCAGUCGUUCAAUAGAGGGCCACUUUGGAUAUUGUUCUGGCUGACCACAACGUCAGUGUCCUAGCAGCUCCCUUAAUCGACGCGGGCGAAAGCCCGUCAGGACACAGGCACCAUGUCUAAGACUGCGUACAUGCGAGGUCUCCAGGUGUUCAUAUCGGACAUCAGAGCAUGCCAGAACAAAGAGCAAGAGCAGCGUCGCGUCGAAAAGGAGUUGGCAAAGAUCAGGGCGAAGUUUGGCGAAGACAAGGCGCUAUCUGGCUAUGAUCGGCGGAAGUACAUCUGGAAGCUCCUCUACAUCUAUAUGCUGGGCUUUGACAUUGACUUCGGACACAAACAGGCCUGCGAUCUAAUUCCCAUGCCCAAGUACUCCGACAAACAAGUCGGGUACAUGGCCUGUUCGCUCCUACUCCAGGAGAACGACGAAUUCUUACGUCUCGCCAUCAAUGCCAUCCACAUGGACCUGACCAGCCGCAACGAAGCUUUCCAGGCACUGGCGCUCAGCUUUGUGGGAAACAUCGGAGGCCAGGAGAUGGCGGAGGAGCUCACGCUGGACGUUCUGAAGCUGCUGACCAGCGGCUCCGCCCGGCCGCUCAUCAAGAAGCGCGCCUGCCUGUGCCUGCUGCGGCUGCUGCGCAAGACGCCGCCGGACGCGCCGCUGGUGGUGUCCGCGGACACCUUCAGCCCCGCCAUGGGUGCGCUGCUGGAGGAGCGCGACCUGGGGCUGCUGCUGUGCUCCGUGACGCUGCUGCACGGACUGGUGCAGCGCUCGGGGACGAGCGGCUACGAGACCUGCCAGGGCCGCGUCAUCAAGGUCCUGGAGCGGCUGGUGCGAGAGCGCGAGCGCAUCCCGCCCGAGUACCUCUACUACGGCAUCCCCUCGCCCUGGCUGCAGGCUCGCUGCCUGCGUGCGCUGCAGCUCUUCCCGCCGCCCGAGAGCAGUUCCGAGCGGCGGGCGCUGCAUGAGGUACUGCAGAGCAUCAUUGCGGCCACCAGCAACGAGGCCGCCAAGAACGCCAACCCCAACAAGACCAACGCCCUGAACGCCAUCCUCUUCGAGGCCCUAGCCCUGGCGCUGCAGCAGCACGCGGCGGGGGGGGCCAGCGCGGGGGCCAUCACGGCGGGGGCGGCGGGGCCGUCAGACGCCGGCGCCGACCGGGCUACCCUGAACUCCUGCCUCAGCCUCAUGGGGCGCUACCUGGCGGGGAAGGACUCCAACGCCAAGUACCUGGCGCUGGACUCGCUGGCGCGGCUGGCGGGCGGCAUGCCGGAGGUGCUGGAGGGGCUGAGGCACCACCAGGCUACUGUCAUGGCCAGCCUCAAGGACCCCGACGUCUCCAUCCGCCGGCGCGCGCUGGGUCUGCUGUUCGCGCUGUGUGACGCCGCCUCCGCUCCCGAGGUGGUGGGCGAGCUGCUGAAGCACCUGGUGGUGGCGGACUUUGGCGUGCGGGAGGAGCUGGUGCUAAAGGUGGCCAUUCUGGCGGAGAAGUUUGCGCCCAGCAUGCAGUGGUACAUGGAUGUCGUACUGCAGCUUCUGGAGCGCUCCGGAGAUUUCGUAUCCGACGAGAUCUGGCACCGUGCCGUACAGCUGGUCACCAACAACCCGGGGCCCAUGCAGGAGUAUGCGGCACGCAAUGUGGCGGAGGCACUCAAGCGGGGAGCCGCGCAUGAGUCGCUGGUGUGUACGGCAGCCUACGUGCUGGGCGAGUACGGCAGGCUCAUUCGCUCCGAGGUCCCCCCCGCGGAGCAAUACCGGCUGCUGCAUGCGGCCUUCCCAGCGGCCUCGCCGCCCACCAAGGGGCUGCUCAUGACGGCGCUGCUCAAGAUCUACCUGCUCGAGCCCACCAACGCCACCCUGUCCCGCGACGUGCGCGAGCUGUUCGAGCGCUACAAGCGCUUCAUGGACGCGGAGCUGCAGCAGCGCGCCACCGAGUACCUGCAGGCCCUCGCAGCCAACCCGCACACCGCCGCCUCCAGCUUCAUCCUGCCCAUGCCCGCAUGGACCAUCCGCGAGUCCUCCCUCAUCAAGCGCCUGCAACCAGCAGAAGACGGGCAGGCCCACGCAGCAGCAGCAGCAGCCCUAGACGGCGCCGCCGCCACCACCAGCCCCACCGCUGCCGCCGACGCGCCCUCCACUCUGGCCGGCGCAAACACCUCCCCGCUGCUGGCGCUGCCGAUGCCGGGAUCCGUCGCCGCGGCUGGGCCGUCGGCGGCGGUCGCACCGGACCUGCUGAGCAUGGGAUCGGCGGCGUCUGCAGGAGCGGCUGCUCCCAGCAAUGGCGGCGUCGGCGUCGCUGGCCCUGCCCCUGCAGCGCCGCAGCCGCCUGCCAAGCCCUCCAACCCCAUCGACCUGCUGUCCGACCUGUUCGGUGACGUGGUGGUGGCCACCAGCAGCAGCGCACCCGUGGCGCCGCCGGCAGCAGCGGCAGCAGCGGCAGCAGCACCGGCGGCGGCUGCACCGCUGCCGCAGCAGCAGCAGCAGCAGCAGCCACCCGCCGCCUACCCUGCCGUGCCCGGGGUACCGCCCCCGCCGCCGGCGUUCCCAGGCUCCGCUGCUCCGCCCCAAGCGCCAGGCAUGAUGGCCCCGCAGGGCUUCCCGGCCGCAGUGCCGCCUGCUGCCCCUGCUGCCGCCCCAGCGGCCGGCGGCUUCCCAAUGGCACCCUACCCAGCGGUUCCCAUGCCCGCGACAUCCAACCCCUUCGCCGCCAACCCCUUCGCCGCCCCAGCUGCGGCUGCCCCAGCCCCCGCCGCUGCAGUGCCGCCCCCAGCGAUGACGCCCAUGGGUGCUCCCGUGGCGGCGGCAGCGGCGGAUCCGUUUGGCGAUAGCCACUUUGCCGCUCCUCCUCCGCCGCCGCCGGCAGCCCCCGCGCCCCCGCCGGUGGAGCCGCCUUGCCCCACGGGUAAUGUGGAGGCUUGGUACUCGGCCUUGCUGCUGAAGGACCGCGGCAUCCUGUACGAGGACCAGUACCUGCAGGUGGGGCUGCAGUCGCAGUACACCCGCGGGGCCGGCAGCCUCACGCUCUACCUGGGCAACAAGCACCCGGGCGCGCAGCUGACGGGCGUGGGGCUGGGGCUGGCGGUGCCGUCGCCGGGCGUGCAGGUGGCCAUAGGGCCCGUGCCCCCCAUGCUGGAGAUCAAGCAGCAGGUGCAGGUGCCGCUGUCCCUCCUCUGCCUCGGCCCCUUCACCGCGCCGCCGGUGCUGGUCCUGUCGUACGGAGUGGGCGGCGCGCCCGCACUGCCGGGCCUGCAGCUGCGGCUGCCAACCGCCAUGCACAAGUUCAUGGUUCCGGAGCCGCAGAUCCCCAAGGAGACCUUCUUCGAGCACUGGCGCUCUGCACAGCCGCACUGCAAGGCGCAGGAGAUGGUGGACCGAGCAGCUGCGGGACCGCUGUCAGCCGAGUCGGUGCAGGGUCUCAUGCGCUUGCUGCGACUGGGAGUGGAGCACGGCUACCUGGACCCCUCCCCGCACAACGAGGCCGGUGCCGCCUACUGGGCAUGCGGGCCCGCGGAGGCGCAGCACUCCAGCGUGUGCUGCUGCCGCGUGGAGGCCAACCCGCAGAACCGCACGCAAUUCCGAGUCACAGUGGUUUCGGAGCAACCGGAGCUUGCGACAGCGGUGCACGGCUUGCUGGUGGCGCAGAUUCGUGCCGCGCCUGCCUCGCAAUGAUGAUGCACGUGUGCCCCAAGUGAGGUUCGUAAGGAGGAGGUUUGCGGCGGCGGAGCAUGCGGGGUGCGUUAUCGUGCGGGGCGGGGGCAUACGAGGAAGAUUGGUUUGUGCAUGUCCAGGAGGAGGAGGUGUGCGGGUUUUGCAGGGUGUGGGGGCAAUGGGGCUGGGGAGUGUAAGCCGGGAUGCUUGCGCAUUGGCGUUCUUUACGUGUGCGACACGAGAGCCCAUUUUGUGGUCAACGUACGGGGUGGACUGCGCAGCUGAUGAGCUGUUUCUGAGCUGCUUCAUGAAGCUUACUGCUCACGCUGUGUCUUGGGAGGCUGUUAACCUGGGCCUUGUCUGUGCUUGUACGAAUCGAUAGUACUGCGGAGCCCAUUGCUACGGAGUGAGCGGUUGUAUUGCAUAUCGGUACUACCCAGUCGUCACUCAUUGAGCAACUGCAGGGAUGCCAAGCAGCGCCCUGUUAGGUUUGCUCUGCCCUUUCGUAUAUGGCUUUUUUCGGGAGCUUUCCGUAGGAGGCAUACCGUCUUAUUACAUGACGACUGGCAUCAAGCACCUCUGCGCUGUAAAGUAAAAGCUCCG